UCUACAUUGGUCAAAAUAAGUCAGCAAUAUAAUUACUAUCUUUGAUGACCCUGCUGCAAUUACCGACUAUCUUGUCUUGACUACACGUAUUUGCUUGUUGCCCACCUCACCAGUAUGGCCAGUCCCGAUCAGAUCAGGGCCAUUGGCAGCGUCCUGGUCGACCGUAAGGACCUGUCUCAGCGCUUCAGGGCGCUGUUCACGCUGAGGAACCUGGGAGGUUCAGAAGCCAUAGAGUGGAUUAGCAAGACGUUUGUUGACGAGUCUGCCUUGCUGAAGCACGAGCUUGCCUACUGCCUGGGACAGAUGCAGGACAGACAAGCAAUACCUACACUAAUGGCUGUCCUGAAAGACACCAAGCAAGACCCCAUGGUCCGUCACGAAGCAGGUGAGGCUUUAGGUGCGAUUGGUGACCCAGAAGUUCUGCCAAUACUUGAAGAGUAUUCAAAGGACCCUGUCAUUGAGGUGGCAGAGACGUGCCAGCUGGCGCUGCGCCGGCUGGAGUGGCUGCAGAGCGGGGGGAGCGCUGAGGACGGCGCGGCGGACAAAAACCCCUACUCCUCCGUGGACCCAGCCCCUCCCGCGGCCAAGAAGAGCAUCCCGGAGCUGCGCACCAGCCUGCUGGACGAGACCCUGCCGCUGUUCGAGCGCUACAGGGCGAUGUUUGCCCUCCGCAACAACGGCAGCGAAGAGGCUGUGCUGGCACUAGGAGAUGGCCUGCAGUGCUCCAGCGCCCUGUUCCGCCACGAGAUCGGCUACGUCCUGGGACAGAUGCAGCACCCGGCCUCCGUGCCGGCCCUGCGCGCCGCCCUGGAGCGCAGCGGCGAGAGCCCCAUGGUGCGGCACGAGGCGGCCGAGGCCCUGGGCUCCAUCGGCCAGGAGGAGUGCCUGGAGGUGCUGCAGCGUCACCGCGGCGACGGCGAGCGCGUGGUCAAGGAGAGCUGCGAGGUGGCGCUGGACAUGCUGGAGUACGAGAGCAGCGGGCAGUUCCAGUACGCCGACGGCCUGGCCCGGCUGCAGUGUUGACGCGCGACGGGCGGACGGGCGGACGGACGGACGGACGGACGGACGGACAGACGUGGGGGUUGGGUCGCCACACUCCCCGAAUUUUGGCGGGGAAUUUUUCACGGAUGUUUAGUUGCUGAUGGGAGAGGCGGAAAAGUACUUCAUCGCCGAGGAAAGGACAGAACCUGAUCUUAACUGUCAACGUAAAGGUCAACAGAGUUGUGCGUAAUAAACGAUGGCACUGGACUGAUGGAGUCGGUUGUUUGACGAAGCACAACCAAGAGUCCGGCUGCACAUGGUUCUGCAGGGCUUACAAGGGCCGACCGUCCAGUGGGGUCAGGGGUGUGUACUGUGUCCAGCAGAGCCACGAGUAGUCUACGUAUGUGUGACCAGGAUGGGGAAUGAGAGGAUCACGUGUUGUGCCUUGAAGGGUAUAUUAUAAAACUUAAUUUAUACAAGCUUCAAUUACCGCUUUAUAUUUUGUUGUACUGAUUAUGGGGUUUAUUCCCCUUAUUAUAUUAUUUGUGUUAAACUGGUUUCAUCACUGAUGAUGUCUUAUUGCUAUGGUUUGUUUGACAUUAUGGAAUGAAGGCUUGGCUUGCAUUUUAAAUCAAUCAUCUAUCAACACAACUAUCUGUCAUCUAACAAAAACACAAUAAACGUUCUUCCGAGCCCCAAUAUCUUCAUAACAUAACUACAUGCAAGCGUGACCAUUUUUUAAAUCUUAUCAAAAAAAGGGAUCUUUAUUAUACAUGUAUAUUUAUAAUGUAUUUUUUAUCUGCCAAUUGCUUAGUUCCCGGGAUCUGUGACACUUAAAAUAAUAGAAUAUGCAUGCAAGUUUAUUAUCAAGGUACUGCGUUUAAAUUGUUUCUUUUCUAAUCUGUAAACCUCUGGUCAAGAUUGAGUAUUCAUGUAACAUAUCAGACUGCAUUCCAAAAAUAUGUUAAUACCAUCUAUUAGAAUAAUUUGGCUAUGGAGGCUUAAUGAUAAUGAUAUCCCACUGAAAGUAUCCCACUAUAUUUCCUCAAUAUAUUAUAUUCCAUAUUUUAAAUACUGUGACAGUUCCUGCAGUCUGGUUUGAAAAAGGGGGGACCGGCAUGUUUGCAA